AUGUCCCAGCAAACAUCCCAGGAUGCCUCCUCGACCACCCAAGAGUCCGGACACGCCACCACCAAUACCCCCCGCACCACCGAACUCGCCAGUCUUAAGAUAAGACUGCGAGCAGCGUUGCGCCAGUUCCCCGAUUUCCCCUCGCCAGGCAUCCUGUUCGAAGACAUCCUGCCCAUUUUCGCCGACCCGACGCUGCACGAAGCCCUCAUCCGGUCGUUGGAGCUGCACAUCCUCGAGACAUACCACGAAAAGCCCGACGUGGUGGUUGGCCUGGAUGCUCGCGGAUUCCUGUUUGGUCCCAGUUUGGCCCUGAAGCUGGGCGCGGCUUUUGUGCCGGUGCGUAAGAGGGGUAAAUUGCCGGGUCCUUGUGAGACCGAGUCGUACCAGAAGGAGUAUGGCGAGGAUUUUUUCCAGAUGCAGGCCGAUGCGGUCAAGAAGGGACAAAAGGUGUUGGUUGUAGAUGAUAUCAUUGCUACGGGAGGCUCUGCUGCUGCGGCCGGAAAUCUCGUCAAGAAAUUAGGCGGAACUCUCCUCGGAUUCGUGUUUAUUCUAGAGCUCGACUUUCUCAAGGGCAGAGACAAACUUCCUGCUCCCGUCUUCACUCUUCUCCAUGGACAGGAGGGCAAGGUUUAA